GCUUUACGGGUAAUUCGUGUGAAGUGUCCCACGCAGGGGUGCGGCGGGUACCGGCAGGCAUGUGAACUGUUUAUCUGAUGGCCACCAACUUCUACUUCGGCAAGAAGACGGGUAUACUGAAGUGUCGUGCAGGUCGCCAUGUGAGAGUAAAGGACUUGUCGAGGACCGCUUUAUGUCCAGCUAGAGUGGGAAAGGUUCUAUUCUCUACAGCUGCACACAGGAUGGGUAAUCAAGGGUCUCAGGUGUGCAUGACUGCUAAUGAGGAGGUUGAUACGCUUGUGCACGAUGCUUUGAAAAAGGGGAACGUAGAGUGUUUACGUCUCAUCCUCAAAUCUGGCUUUUCCGCCAACGCCGUGGUGAUAGGAAAUAGCCGUGGCCUUCACAUCGCUGCUAGAUACAAUCAGCCAGAAUGUAUGGACGUCCUGCUGAAGAUGGGCGCCAAUCGGAAUCUGCCGGAUGGGUCCGGUGAAACUCCGCUGCACAUCGCUGCAGAGUGCGGCUCCAGGGACUGUGUGGACCUACUGAUUAAGGCCAGGGUUCACCUCGAGUGUCGGGAUAUCUGGCAACGGACCCCGCUACUGAAGGCCGUUGUGAAUCACCAUUAUACCAUCGCCUCCAUGUUAAUGGCCGCGGGGGCAAGUGUCAACGCCGCGGACGAUGAUAAGAAGGUUCCGCUACACGUAGCCGCGAGCUACGGGAAUUCUCGCGGCGUCAACGAACUCCUGGAGUGUGGUGGGGAUAUCGACUUCCAGGAUCUGAACGGCAGAACUGCUCUGUACUUUGCGGUACUUUCGGGUCACAAUCACAUCGUUGCCAAGUUGAUAAAACACGGUUGCAAUGUGAACCUACGCCGACGAGAAGGGACAAAUGCAUUGUACCUGGCCGCCAAGAAACAGAACUUGAACUGUGUCCGGCAGUUGUUAGAGGCCGGUGCUGAUACAGUUCACGUAGACCCUAGGAAUUAUCAGAAUAGGGACGAAUUGGUGAGGAUAGCUAUUCGCCAGCUAGGCUCUCAGGGAAAAACUCCACCGGACGCCUUUGAAAUUCUGAACUUGACGAUAACUGCCCACGGCCUUGUACCUGGACAGCAGCUAAUGUCAUCGGCGCUCACGCAGUACAAGAAGCAGCCGAACGGAGACAUGCGAUUGGUCAUUCACCGCCUGAUUUUGGCAGGGGGUGUGGUUAAAGUGCCGGACUCUGGAAAUAACUCGCCGACCAUUGGCUACCAAGAACUGCAAGAGGCGGUGUCAAAGUGGCAAAUGGAGCACGGGAUUGGUAAUCCGAAAGCUCCGUCCACUCUGAAGGACGUUUGCCGGAGGAUUAUCAGAAGCUCGAUCAUGCAUUCCUGUUCGGCAGGCAAUGUCCUCUGCGCGUGUGAUCGCUUACACCUUCCAAGGGCAUUAAAAGAAAUCAUUUUAUUGCAAAGACUAUAAUUUUACCUGUAUAAAUAAGUGUUUAGUGGAAAAGAAUAUGUUGA